AUGCGGGAAAGGCCACGAGAGUCCAGCUUCUCUAAAGGAACACGCCAAGAAGGAAUGCGCAUCAAGAUUGACUAUGUUGUAAGUGACGAAAAGGUCGAGUUCCAACGAGGUGUAGGGGGCGUGAAUCAUCAAGAGGUAUUCGAAGAGCGGCCUACCGUGACUAUAGACAAGAGUGGGGACAUUGAGGGCGGAGAUCAAGCUGAGAGCCCGCAUGACGACCAUGACUCGAACGACGCGGAUGAAGAAGCUCAAGUAGAGCGGUUGUGCGUAUCAAACUCGCUUCCAUCAACACCGAGACUAGAUUCAGACCCCGGUUUGGGGGCGACGUCCAAUGUAUGGCGUCCAUCGCUCCUCCCCGAUGCAUCUUCUCCUACCCGCGAAGCCGACAAUGUACCUUCACCUAUACCUUCCCUUAUGUACCCCGACAGCGACGACGACAUGGAGGAUGUGGAGGAUGACUACUCUGCCGCCGGACAAACUCUGCCAGUUCCAAUGCCGCCCAAAUCGGCGCUCCCGGUCAUUCAUACACAGGAUCAGCCGCCGAUCACACCUCCCUCCUCACCAAUCGUGCCGCUAUCCGUCAGGGAUGCAGCUUUACCCAAGAUCACAUUCAGGAAACCGGUCCUACCCGUGUAUUUCGAAGGCCCUGUUGCCGCGAUCAAGGAGUUCCUCGCAUAUCCCGAGCUCAUGUUACUAUGCCGCCCUUUCCGGGAUCUCGGUUACACGAGCGCUGACGCGUUGAACGCUAUGUGUGUCGAUGGUGCUAGGGAUGGCUGGCACGUCCUAUAUGAACGUUUAAAGGACUGGUUUAAUGGACCGGUUCCGUACUGGGCUGAACUCCGAAAGCUAUUGAAGGCACGCGCCGCCAUCUUACCGUCCAGGCCCUCGACAUUCAGGUUCGCUCCGAUGAGGAAUCCAAUGAAACCAAAAGACGGAUGGGUAUUUGUACGCUUGUAG